AACAGCGCGCACGCGGCUACCGAGCUGGAGGAGGCGGCGGGCGCGAGACCGGGAAUGCGCAGGGCCCCCGCCUCGCCCCCCGAGCCCGGGCCGCGGCCCCCGCCUUCCCCGCAGCCGUCCCGCACUCGGUGCCCGCCCCCCGAGGCCGGCGGCCGCUCCCACUCGGGGCCGUUGCUGCUUGUGCCGUGAGCGCCGCCCAGCCAUUGUCCCCGUCGCUCCGUCAGCCGCGCCGGACCGCGCACCAGGAGGCGAGAGCGCGCAUGGGGAGCCUCUGUUGAUGCCGCCGCCGCGCCGCCCUCCGAGGCUGCGUCCCGGGAAGCCCGGCUCCCCGAGCCCUCCGGCCUGGCCCGGUGCCCCGGACCUGAGUGCGUCCCCAUGGAGGCGCCCGGGCUGGCCCAGGCGGCCGCGGCGGAGAGCGACUCCCGCAAGGUGGCGGAGGAGACCCCCGACGGGGCGCCCGCGCUCUGCCCCAGCCCUGAGGCGCUGUCGCCGGAGCCGCCUGCGUACAGCCUGCAGGACUUUGACACGCUGGCCACCGUGGGCACUGGGACGUUCGGGCGGGUGCACCUGGUGAAGGAGAAGACAGCCAAGCAUUUCUUCGCCCUCAAGGUGAUGAGCAUUCCCGACGUCAUCCGCCUGAAGCAGGAGCAGCACGUGCACAAUGAGAAGUCUGUCCUGAAGGAAGUCAGCCACCCGUUCCUCAUCAGGCUGUUCUGGACGUGGCAUGACGAGCGCUUCCUCUACAUGCUCAUGGAGUACGUGCCGGGCGGCGAGCUCUUCAGCUACCUGCGCAACCGGGGGCGCUUCUCCAGCACCACGGGGCUCUUCUACUCUGCAGAGAUCAUCUGUGCCAUCGAGUACCUGCACUCCAAAGAGAUCGUCUACAGGGACUUGAAGCCAGAGAAUAUCCUGCUGGAUAGGGAUGGCCACAUUAAGCUCACAGACUUUGGGUUCGCCAAGAAGCUGGUAGACAGGACUUGGACCCUCUGUGGAACACCCGAGUACCUAGCCCCCGAAGUCAUUCAGAGCAAGGGCCACGGAAGGGCUGUGGACUGGUGGGCCCUCGGCAUCCUGAUAUUCGAGAUGCUUUCGGGGUUUCCUCCGUUUUUUGAUGACAACCCGUUUGGCAUUUAUCAGAAAAUUCUUGCAGGCAAAAUAGAUUUCCCCAGACAUUUGGAUUUCCAUGUAAAAGACCUCAUUAAGAAACUGCUCGUGGUUGACAGAACAAGGCGAUUAGGAAACAUGAAGAACGGGGCGAAUGAUGUGAAACGCCAUCGGUGGUUCCGCUCCGUGGACUGGGAAGCUGUUCCGCAGAGAAAACUGAAGCCUCCCAUCGUGCCCAAGAUAGCUGGCGACGGCGACACUUCCAACUUCGAAACUUACCCUGAGAAUGACUGGGACACAGCCGCGCCCGUGCCGCAGAAGGAUUUAGAAAUCUUCAAGAAUUUCUGAGGACAGGAGCUCACAUCUGGAAGAAACAGGAAGAUUGGAAUCUGCCUGGAACAAAGAACUGCACUGAAGCAGACCAGAAGCAAAAUGUCUUCUUCACGGCAUAAGGACAUCUCCACUUUUCUCUGUACCUGUGUGUAUAGAAAUAGAUUAGAGCACAGUUGAAAUUCAUGGAACUGGCAUUAUUUAAGCAACUGGAAUUCCACACUGUAGGAAGGUUUUGAAAAUUGUUUGGUUGUAGAGUUUUUCUUAUCCUUUAGUGUUGUGUUCCUACUGUGAUGUCUUGGUUUUUGUCAUAGACUUAAGUUUAUAAGUUUGAACUGGACUUGUUCGAUUAUAACCACAAAUUGUGUGUGUGUGUGUGUGUGUGUAUGCCUGUGUGUAUAUAUAGAAGUCAUUAUGGCAGAUGCACAGAAAUUGUGCAGUGAUGUAAAUGUUCAUACUUUACAGAGCCUAUAAUUUUUAUUUUUCAAUUUGUUUUUUUCAAAAAUCUCUUCUCGGGGACAACAUCUGAAGGGUAUGUUGCAUGCAUUAAAAAAAAUCAUCUCACAUGCAUUUUAUAGUUUUGGGGAAGAACAUAUCAUGGAGAGGUCUACCUUCAGUAUCUUUAGUGCUUCCUACCUGGUAACUUGAGACUUUAAAAGAAGAAACAAAGAGAAGAAGAUAUGGGAGCGAAUUUAUUCCAAGAAUCUACAAUGACAUUGAAGUUGUUGGAGGAAUGUACUGUAUUUAAAAAAACCUUCUGUGACACAUUCAAAAAUUUCAUCUGAGCUGGGUGCAGUGGCUUGUUCCUAUAGUCCCAGCACUUCGGGAGGCUGAGGUGGGUGGAUUGCUUGAGCCCAGGAGUUGGAGACCAGUCUGGGAAGCGUGGUGAGACCUCAUCUCUACAAAAUACAAAAAAAAUUAGCUGGGCAUGGUGGCACGUGAGUGUAGUCUCAGCUACUCAGGAGGCUGAGAUGAGAGGAUCACUUGAGCCUGGGGAGGUCCAGGCCGCAGUGAUCCGAGAUCACACCACUGCAUUCCAGCCUGGGUGACAGAGUGAGACCCUGUCCAAAAAAAAGAAGGCAAUGGCUUUGUGCUUUUGAAGAUGGAUUGAAGAGAACGUCCACCUUAAGGCUUUAAAAGACAGUGAAGCUGGGUGCGGUGGUGCACUCCUGUAACCCUGGGACUUUGGGAAGCUGAGGCAGGAAGAUUGAGCCUAGGAGUUCGAGACCGACCUGGGCAGCAUAGCCAGUCCUCAUCUCUAUAAAAAGAAAAAAAAAGUUUAAACACAGUGAAAUUGCAGAAACAGAACAUAGCCACCCUUUUUCGUCAGUGACCUUUUCUUCACGUGGAGGUCAACUGAGUAGGUGAGAAUAAUUAGUAGGUUCAGCAGAAUAAACUCUUUACAAUUAAUAACUCAGUGGAAAAUGAUGUUCAGAUGGUGAAAUGUGGAAAUGUUUUAGACAACUCUAUUUUCAGCCUGUGCUUCUCACUCACCAUCCUGUUGGGAUUAACAGUUGAGGGCCAUCGCUGUCUAAACAUUUAGCAUGCAGUUUCCCAUCAGUUUUACCGUGAGUGUGAAAAGGUGAAACUGGUGCUGACUUCGGCAGCAGGUAUACUAAAAUUGGAAUGACACAGAGGAGAUUAGCAUGGCCCCCUGCGCGAGGAAGAUCCGCAGAUUCAUGCAGCAUUCCAUAUUUUUUUAAAAAAAGAUUACACUGUGCACCGAGAUGUGGACCUAGAAGGAAAAGCAUGAAGUCUCAUGUUUGCUGACUAUAAAAAUAAAUCAUAGUAAUAAUAUUAUUGAACAUUCUACUUUAAAAAUUAUUAAUAAAACCAUAAAUGAAACACUUGAGCACACUUUAAAAAGUACAUAAACCCAUGAGUCCAUAUGUGUAAUUUUAUGUUGUCUGUUUUAUUAUCCAGGAUUUCAUACUCAGAUGAGAAUUAGCAUCAGGAAAGCCUGAAAUGCCUUAAUUGUGAACUGAUAUGCAGGAAAAUGAAAUAUGUAAGCACAUUGGUGACCUUGUUCUUUAUGGACAUUGUAAUUAGCCUCCAGCCAUACAGAACAAAUGAGAAAUUAGAAGCGAUUCCAAGAACGUGUGAUGGUGUGAAACCCACUUUGGACCAUCACACAUAUUUCAGCAUUUGAAGUGACACAAGCUACCUGGUAACUGCCCAUGGCGGGGUCAUAGUUUAAAUGGCCCAAUGUCAUGUAGAGGUUAAUUUAAUCAAAAUGAGCUAUAAACAUGGAGCAAUCACUGUAUAAUUUUAAAAUAGUUUACCUGGCCAGGCAUGGUGGCUCACGCCUGUAAUCCCAGCACUUUGGGAGGCCGAGGCAGGUGGAUCACCUGAGGUCAGGAGUUCGAGACCAGCCUGGCCAACAUGGCAAAACCCCCGUCUCUACUAAAAUACAAAAAUUAGGUGUGGUGGUGGGCACCUGUAAUCCUGGCUACUCGGGAGGCUGAGGCAGGAGAAUCGCUUGAACCCGGGAGGCAGAGGCUGCAGUGAGCCGAGAUUGUGCCACUGCACUCCAGCCUGGGCCACAGAGCAAGACUCCGUCUCAAAAAAUUAAAAUAAAAAAAAUACAAAUAGCUGACCCGGGUGGGCAUUCCAAAAUGUCCGCAUGGACGAUCACGAAACAAUCAUGGUGCGAAACGUCCGCAUGGAUGAUCACGAAACAAUCACGGUGCGAAAUGUCCAUAUGGAUGAUCAUGACAAACAAUCACUGUGCAAAAUGUGGAGGAAAAUUCAUUACCAUAAUCACAACAUUUGUAUCAGAAAAACAUUACAAAUUUACUUUGCUUCAUGUAAUUUUAUGAGUUGGCAAUAUUUUCUUAAAUUGGAAUACUCUAAGAGAAUAGGACAUGGAUAUGUUACAACAAGAAGUAUAUUGGGGCAAGUCUUGUUUUUCUGAAGGGAAGUGCCACCGGCCUGCUUUCAUAGGCAUUGAUGAUAAAGCCAGGAAGGAAAUAAAGUCACAACCGAAUAGUAUACACUGUCUCUACUGAAUUCUUCUAAUUCCUUCGCAACAGAAGUCUAAAUCCUGCUUAGCCUAAACAUAUCUAUAGCCAGCGAUGGGCAAAUUAUAUUUGCUGUCAGCAUGAUAGAAUAAGAAGCAGAAAGCCCCCAGCAGUGGGGUAAGAUUGCGCGCUUCAUCCCCUCAAAAUGCUGUUCAGCCCCACUCCCUCUCCAUGCCCAUCAAACAACUGCACAAUCACUUGUUACUGAAUUUCUCAUUCAGCGUUUUGUUUCUUUCUGUCCAUACUUAAAGACCAAAUCAUUUGUUUGCUUUGAAGAAAAAGCAAAAACAAGAACAAAAACACCAAAUCAUUUGAAAUCACUAUCCAUUAAAAAAAAUCACCAGUGGAACUAAACAGUUGAGUGGCUUGGGACGUGUUCGCCAUUUCUGUGUUUGACCUACAUGGCCUCUAGUUCUUUGGACCAUUGUAACUGUGAAACUACGGCUUAAUACUGUUAAAGACCCCAAGGCUCCACUCUGUAGCCAGCUGCACCUCAGGGUGCACAAAUACCCCACCAGAAUGUCACAGUCAUUCAUUGCUCCAGCUACUGAGUGAACAGGGUGCAAGACAGCACUGGCUUGGGUUUUAUUUUUGCAGCCAGUUAACUUUGCAUCAGGUCUACACAGUCCUUGCAGCCUUUGAUUUCUCCAGUUGUAGAGAUUUGAAAUGGGGUGCCUGGGUUCCUCUCAUUUUUCCUUCAAUCUACCUAGCAUGCAUUUUACACACAUUGGAGGAGUCGUAUGCACUGUUUUUCUGUUGCUGAUGGAGGCAAGCAGGCCUUCUAAUUAGUCUAACUGAAACGGAUGGGAUUCACUUAACAAAAGCAAGAAGAAAAGCACACGAACAGGUGUCAAUGCGUUUGGAUAGUUUCUUUGCAGGGUGUGUGUGUGUGUGUGUGUCUUGGUGAAGGUGAGGGGCUGUAUUUUCACCAAGCCUUUUCAUAAUCAAGUUUGCUUUGCAAACCUUAUGGCCUUGCACCCCGCAGAACAGUCCUUCCUAAUAGCAGGGAUACUCUGUCAUGGUUUUCUGUAAAUUAUCGUGUGUUGGGAAGUUCUGUUCAGGCUUAGUUUGAUCUUCCAUGGUGGAGACUUCUAUUCUGUAUGUAAAAGGCAUUACAAUUGUGUUUUAGCAGAUGAGAUUUGAAGCCUUUCCACAGUCCUUGUGCUCUGAGAUGGCUGUUGAGCUCUGCUCAACUGUCGUAGCUGAAUUCUUUCUUUGCGCUGAACACUGGGCAGCCUCACCAUGUUGCCAACGUGCUUCUGGGGCCCCUGUGACUGCCGCCGGAUGCCGCGCACACAGGCAGAGUGCCUUUGCAGGUUUGUGCACCCCUUGGCGAGCCAGAACUGGGAACCCCGCGGGGUGACCCCGCCUUUUCAUGGGGGGUUGGGGAGGGGAGUGCCUAUUUUUAAUCCUGUUUGUUGCACAAUGGAAAUCACUGUGAUUUGUACAUAUGCUCUAGGAAAAUUUUACUGCUGUCUAAUUUAUGUAAUAAUACUGUUGAUUCCAGGUUUGUUUAAUAAAACUUUGUAUCUUUUCAGAA